AUGACUGCCCCAAAUCAACAACAUAUGGCAAUUGUCAAUCCUCCCCCUCCAAAAUACAUCAAUACCCAAGGAACUGGUCGUUUGACUAAUCAGCUUCAAUACUUGCAGAGGGUAGUUAUGAAAGUGAUGUGGAGACACAACUUUUCCUGGCCAUUUCAUCAGCCAGUGGAUGCUGCAGGUCUAAAACUUCCAGAUUAUUAUAAUAUUAUUACAAAACCAAUGGAUUUGACUACAAUUCAGAAGCGUCUGGAACACAACUAUUACACAUGUGCUGCUGAGUGUAUUGAAAACUUUAAAACUAUGUUUUCAAAUUGUUAUCUGUAUAACAAGCCUGGUGAUGACAUUGUUUUCAUGGCACAGGCACUAGAAAAAACCUUUUUGCAAAAAAUUGCACAGAUGCCCCCAGAAGAGAAAGUUGUGGUGGUCAAUAAAGGAAAAAGAAAGGGGGAAAAAACAGAUGAGGAGGGCGUGAAAAGGAAGGCUGAUACUACUACCUCCAUCAUCACCACAAGCAGUGAAUCCUCUCCAGCCGCCAAUGAGCUCAAAAUUAUAAAGAUCUCCUCUAGAGAGGAGCGCAAAGAGUCUACAGCAAAGCCAGACCUGCCAGACUCCCAGCAUCCUCCUGAACCGAUCAAAAACAACAAGCUAACAGCCCAGCUACAAUAUUGUAAUGAGAUCCUUCUAGAAAUGUUCUCAAAAAAGCACACAGCAUAUGCUUGGCCUUUUUAUAAACCAGUAGAUAUUACUGCCUUGGGCUUAGAAGACUAUCACACAGUUAUUAAACAUCCGAUGGAUCUUGGAAGUAUUAAAAAAAAAAUGGAAAACUACGAGUAUACACACAUACAAGAAUUUGCUGCUGAUGUUAGGCUAAUGUUUAUGAACUGCUACAGGUAUAACUCUCCUGACUGUGAAGUGGUAGCAAAGGCAAGGAAACUUCAGGAUGUCUUUGAGAUGCAGUUUGCCAAAAUUCCAGAUGAUCCCACGUCACCCAGGCCUCUCUUGCCCACCACCACAAGAAUAGUGGCAUCUGUGUCUAGCGAAAGCAGCAGUGAUGACGACUCUUCUGAGGACUCGGAAGAAGAAAGAACAAGGUGCCUUGCAGAGCUCCAGGACCAGCUUAAGGCUGUUCAUCAGCAAUUGCAAGCUUUGGCGAAAACAACUCUACCCAGACUGAAAAAGAGGAAGAAAGGAAAAUUGAAGAGAGAGAAAAGAAAAUGCAAAGUCAAAAACAUGUUGAGAAGUCAAAAGAAGAGAAAGAUGAAGAAAAAGAAGAAAAUGUCUUUGAACAUUCGAUCAAAGAAAACCAAGCUGCAAGAUGAGCCAAUACACAGUUCUGAAGAUGAGGACAAUGCCAAACCUAUGAAUUAUGAUGAAAAGAGGCAGUUAAGUUUGGACAUAAAUAAACUCCCAGGAGAGAAGCUUGGCAGAGUAGUCUAUAUUAUACAGUCAAGGGAGCCUUCUCUUCAUCACUCUAAUCCUGAUGAAAUAGAAAUAGACUUUGAAACUCUGAAAACAUCUACUUUAAGGGAACUGGAGAAAUACGUAAUGGCUUGUUUAAGAAGAAAGCCCAAGAAACAUUCUGCAAAGAAGUUGAAGGAUGAACUUAAUUUUGAGAAGAAACAAGAAUUGGAGAGGAGGCUCCUAGAUGUCAACAGGCAGCUGAACCCUAAGAAACAAAAUGCAAAAUGUAGAAUGUGGAAUAAUUUCUGUUUUUCUACUUGUCUUGCAGCUGAAAAUAAUGUUGUACCAAAGACUGUCGGAGGACCAUCUCGGCUAAGUGAAAGCAGCAGCAGCACCACCUCUUCCAGCUCUGAUAGCAGCAGCAGUGAAUCCAGCUCCUCUGUUAGCAGUGAUUCCGAGUCUGAAAUGCGCCUAAAGCAAAAUGGAAAUGUGCAGAAGGAUUUAUUUUGCAGAGAGCAGAUUAAGAUGCCGCCUCAUCAAAAAGUAUCCUGCAGUAUUGUUCCUCGAGCACAGAGCAUUUUGCCUACUAGCACACAAGUGCAAAGAUCAACAGAAGCAAGGAUCCCCCGUUGGUUACUACAACACUCUCAGCCUUUACAGCGCACCCCUCUUAAACGGCCAGAACAAAGCAGCUUCUCUCCACCAGGCAUGGUGGCUGUUGUGUCCCCUCUACAUUGCACUCCAGUUAAACAAGCAGCUCAAAGCAGCUUAUCAGCAACCCCCCCUUCCAUCAUCCAAACUCCUCCCGUGGUCUCAAAGGUAUCUUGUUCCUCCUCCCCAACUCUCCAGUCAAGCGGCAGCAAAGAUCCAGAACUAAAGACUAGCUUUCCAGAUGGUCCGUGUGGGCAACGUAUGAUUGAUUCUACACAUGCCGCUAUUCCAGCAAGCUGCUCUGAUAACUGUGAGGAUAAAACACAGCACAUUGCUAAGCCUUCAAUAUCUCUUACAAAGGAGAUAAAAGUCAAGCAUGCUGAUUCCUGGACAAGUUUAGGGAAAAUGGUACCUGCACCAGUCUCCAUUAAAUCCUCCAAUGACAGCUUCAGGCAGUUCCAAAAAGCAGCCCUAGAAAAAGAAGAGAACGAGUGGGCAAAGGAACGCAAAAGGCAGUUGGAACAAGCCAAGAGGAAACUGAAGAACCUCCCUCAGGAAAAAGAGAGAAGCAACAGAGAAACAGAAUUGGAACCCACCACAAACUGUUCAUCCCAAGGAGAAGAGAUGUCAUCUAAAGGGCAGCUACAAUCCCCACAAAAUCUUAUCAUUGACCGUAACUUGGCAAGAAAAAUGGAACAAGAACGCAGGAGGAGAGAAGCAAUGGCUGGCAUCAUUGAUAUGAAUAUGCAGAGUGAUAUCAUGGCGACAUUUGAAGAAACCUUGUAG